GAGGAGCUUCGUCACUCUUCCACCAAGCUUUCCGGUGCAUUCUUCCUUGCUCAGUAAACUCUCCCCUUCCUCCCUCACUUUUCUUUCUCAGACCUUCAUCCCUCCAAGCUUAGAACAAGUAUGGCCGAGGCAAGCUCAAUUCUUCACCCCUCCAAGCUACCAACAUCCAAGUGGAAGACUCCAUUUCCUAAAGCUCAAAAAGCCACCUCUAGCGUCAUCCCAAGUAUCCUCUACAAGCUCAUCUUGUUCGUCAUCGUCAUAGCUCUCCUUCCCAUGUUUCCCUCCCAGGCGCCUGAAUUCAUUGAGGAAUCCAUCUUCACCAGACUCUGGGAGCUUCUCCACCUCCUCUUCGUUGGGAUUGCGGUGUCCUAUGGCAUUUUCAGCCAGCGGAACGCAGAACCAGAUACAGACAAGGAGUUAUUACAGAAGGAGGAGAGCCCCCAUAGUUUCAUCUCACAGAUGAUUCAUGUUUCACCAGUGUUUGACGAAGAAGAUGAUGGAAUUGGUAGUAUGAACGAGAGAAAUAUUCAAUCUUGGAGUUUUCAAUGCUACAAAAAUGAACCACCAAAUCUGGUCGCCAGUAAACAUCUGCUGUUGCCCGUUCGAAGCAUAAAACAACAAAACCAGGAGAACGAUGAGCAGUCUACCUCAGCUAACUAUGGAAUUGAAGACCACCUAUUUGAUUCAGAGAACGAGUCCGCAGUACUCCCCUCUCCAAUCCCCUGGAUAUCACGCUCAGGGUCGAAGGGGAAUAAGGUCGAACAGGUGGCCGGCAUAAAAGGCAGUAGCAUCAUUCCCUCAACUCCCGCGUCCCCCACUUUGCCUUCCCCAAGGCAUCUUUCUCCUUCGCCGUCGUUCUCAUCCGACACGUCGAAGCCGAAGAUUAUCUACAAAAGCAAGGCCAUUCCACCGCCGCCGCCGCCGCCGCCUCCACCCGACUACCUCAAACAUGAGCACGGAAACCACGCAAAGGCCAGAAGGCUCAGAGAGGAAUUGAAGAACUCGAGCAGGAGAGAAUGUCGGGAUGCCACCAACGACAUAACAAGUCCAAGGAAUGAGCAGGCCGAUAAUUGCGGGGAGGACGUUGCAGAGGCGUCUGGUGGUGCCACAGAAGAAACGUCAAACCAUGAAGCGGGAGGAGGGGAAGCGAAUGAGGUGGACAAGAAGGCGGAUGAGUUCAUAGCAAGAUUCAGAGAACAGAUCAGACUUCAGAGGAUCGAGUCGAUCAAGAGAUCCACCAAGCAGCGAAGUAACAAGAAGCAACAAGUCGUGUGAAGAAGACUCAGCUACGACCUCGGCUUUUUUAUUAAUCCUGAUCCGGCAGAGAUUAAGGGAAGGACCGGGUUCUUGACUUGUCGGCGGCCGUGUUCUUUUGAUAGGUUGGGUGUGAGUCAGAUCAGCUCUUCUUAAGUCGGCUUCUCUCAGAUCGACAACUGUUGGAUCGGCAAUUGUUGAGUCAAGCGACACAAGGACACCAAUGAAGAUCUCGGACCUUGGUUAGAUCCAUCUGACGCUCAAAGUUAAAUUAGGAAGGAGGAUUUGUAAAAAAAAAAACUUAACAAAAAAAGGGUAAACAUAGUAAUAUCCCAUGUACUUCUUGAUGUUAUCAUUAGGGCAUCUGAUUUUCUUUUGGGGGAUUUUUUAUUUUUGAAAUUUGUGCCAAAAAUUUGUUCAUCAU